AUGAAACUUGUUCGAUUUCUUAUGAAAUUAACUCAUGAAAGUGUUACAAUAGCACUUAAAAAUGGUUCAAAUGUAUUUGGUACAGUUAUUGGUGUUGAUAUGUCAAUGAAUACACAUUUAAAAUCAGCGAAAUUAACACCAAAAAAUGGUGAACCUAUAACGCUGGAUUUUAUUACUAUUCGAGGCAACAAUAUUCGUUAUUUUAUCUUACCCGAUAGUCUCCCAUUAGAUACGUUACUUGUUGAUGAUACACCUAAAGCUAAACCAAAACGUGAACGAACUGGUCCACCAGGCGGAGGACCAAGAGGGCGCGGAAGAGGUCGUGGCGGUCGCGGUGGUCGUGGUCGAGGAGGAGGUGGCGGUGGCGGUGGCGGCGGCGGUGGUGGUGGUGGAUUUGGUGGUCGUGGUCGCUAA